AUGUCAAGAAAGCUAGAACACAAUUGUAAUAUUGGUGGCAAGGAUGACAUUCGAGAAUGGGGUAUGGAUAAUGCUGAUUGGGUUAAGUUUUGUGACAUAGAUUUUGUAGAAAGAUUCAAUGAUCCCGAACCUUUAAAGCAUUUUAGAGGUCUUGCUUAUUACCAAAGACAAGUUGAUUUGCAUAAAUUUUAUUUGACAAAACAGUGGGAAGUGGUACAUAAUCUUGUCCAAUUGAUAGGUUUUAGAAAUAUAAAUGAUACAAAGAUUCUUUCUGGUGAUGAUGUGGCAAAAGCUUUCAAACAAUCAUGGGAACAAAUCAUCAAAAUUCAAGAAGAUGCAUUAUUACUCUUUGGAUUUAAGUCUCGGGCUAAGGAAACCCCUAAUCUCAAUGCUACAGUUAAAUUGUUUAAUGCAAUAGUGGGUAAUUGGUGUGGUUAUGCUAUCAAGAGUAAACAAAAAAGAGAAGGACCUAAGGAUCAACAAGUAUGGAAACAAAUUUAUUGGAUUGACUGCAAACCAUACAGUGGAACUGGUUUUAAUAAAGUGAGAGCUCUGAUUCUUCCAACAUAUAAACCAGAAUCAGUUAAUGAAAUUCAAGAACUCUUUGAUUCGAUGCCUAUUACUGAUACUAACUCAAAAUUUACCAAUUAA